GCAGCAGGAGCAGUUGCAUCUCCAGCUUCUGACUCAACAGCAGCAACAGCAGCAGCAGCAGCAGCAGCAGCAGCAGCAGCAGCAGCAGCAGGCUGGGAAACAAGCGGCGAAAGAGCAGUUAGGCAAUAAGCAGUUGGCCUUCCAGCAGCAGCUGAUUCAGAUGCAGCAGCUUCAACAGCAGCACAUCCUCAACCUCCAGAGACAAGGCCUGGUCCCACUGCAGCCCACCGCUGCCAUGCAGUCUCUGCAGCAAGCGAUGUGUCCGUCAGACCUCCAGCAGCUGUGGAAGGAAGUUUCAGGCGUGCAGAGCAGCGAGGAUGCCCUGAAACAGGCCGAGGGCCUGGACUUGAGCACCAACAGCUCCAACUCUACCUCAGCCUUCCCCAAAGCUGCCAGCGCUCACAUCCCACUGCACAGCCUGCCAAACGGACAGAGCCACACCCCAAAGAGAGACAGAGCCAGACUGUUUGAGUGGAUAUCCUCCUUCACCAAGGCAGACAGCGGAGAUGACCAUGUCCCCCUUUACUCCAAAGGCAGCCAACCCCCCAGCCAUCAUGAGGAACAUGCAGGCUCCCAUCCUCUUUACGGCCAUGGAGAGUGUAAGUGGCCCGGCUGUGAAGCACUGUGUGAGGACAUGGGACAGUUCAUCAAGCACUUGAACAAUGAGCAUGCCCUGGAUGACCGCAGCACUGCUCAGUGCCGAGUCCAGAUGCAGGUGGUUCAGCAGCUGGAGAUACAGCUGGCGAAAGAGAGUGAGCGACUCCAGGCCAUGAUGACCCACCUGCACAUGCGCCCCUCAGAGCCAAAGCCUUUUAACCAACCUGUGAGUACAUGACACCCUGGAGCCUACAUUACACGAUGUUUCCCCUCACCCUGUGGCACCAAGCUUCCUCUGUGACCUGUUAAACAGCCCCGCCCCCUCCAGUCAUCUUAAAUGACAACACAUACACACACACACACACACACUGUGGUUUUAAUUACUCACAACAGUUCAUUUCUUAUGAUGUUUCCUGUUUUUUCAGAGCUGGCUCAGAACUGUGAGUUCUACAAGAACGCUGAUGUCAGGCCUCCCUUUACCUACGCCUCUCUUAUACGUCAUGCCAUUCUGGAGUCCCCAGACAGACAGCUGACUCUCAAUGAAAUCUACAACUGGUUUACACGGAAGUUUGCCUACUUCAGGAGAAACACAGCCACAUGGAAGAAUGCUGUCCGCCACAACCUGAGUCUGCACAAGUGUUUUGUUCGUGUUGAGAACGUGAAGGGGGCCGUGUGGACUGUGGAUGAAGUCGAAUACCAAAAGAGGAGACCACCAAAGAUGACCGGAAGUCCCACUCUGGUGAAAAACAUGAUUUCAGGCCUGGGCUUUGGAUCCCUAAACGCUAGCUACCAGGCGGCGCUGGCAGAGAGCAGUCUGUCCCUGCUAAACAGCUCUCCCCUGGUGACCCCUCCAUCUGCAGCCAGCCUCAACAUGCUGCACGUGGGCCACGACGAUGUCAGUUCCACUGUGGAGCAGGUCAACAGUAACGGCAGCUGCAGCCCCACGCUCAGCCCUCACCAGUACAGCCACCCGGUGCAUGUGAAGGAGGAGCCUACUGAGGUGGAUGAGGACGGUCGGCCAGUAUCCCUCCUGGCCGGUGUCACACACAGCCUGCCAUUGCCGAGCGACGAGCGCGACCUGGAGGAGGAUCUUCCCACAGAGGAGCUGGAGUAGGACAGAUCCGAGAACGGACCAGAGGGACGGGACACACAGCGAGAUCAAUCCCCCCGAGCCCUCUUGUCAGCGUGAAGAGGAAAAAAUUGCGACAGUACACUUGUGAGAAAAAGAGAGAAAAAAAGAGAAUGUUUUUUUUGUUUUGUUUUGAAGAAAAUGCAAGCAACCAAGGACGACAUCGAGAAACACCAAACAGGGUUAGAUGACCUCCGUUACUUUCAGACACAAAAAGAGAAGUCUGUGGAGCACUGCUUUACCUCCAUGUGUUUCUUUUCCGACACUUGGCUCAGAGGUGUAACACCACUUAAUGCAUACACACUCACACAAAUACGCACACAGACACACUCAUUCAUGUCUCACCAUGUUUCGUUAUCCUCCCUGGUAACAUCAGCCUCUGUGUAGAGACCCCUAGAGGCGUUGACACACACACACACUCUCUUCUCCUCGCCCCACCACUCUGCAUACAACCUCCUCACUGUCGUCUCGGGCUGCCCGGCUAGCCGCUUUAUCUCUAAUCGUCAGUUGAGAAGACACACCGAUGCGUGUGUGAGUGUGUGUCAGAAAGAAAAAAGACACACAGGAUCAUGUGUAUAUAGAUUUGGAGCAGUCAUCAGGGGCUGUGCAGUUUACCUCUCCUUCUUCCCCCUCUUUGAGUCAAUCACUUGCUUUUUCAUUUUUGUUUGAUUUAAUUGAAAUGAAACUGUUGGGCUUCGAGAUAGGAAGGAAGGAAGGAAGAGUGCUUUUAAAGAUUACCUCCAACAGUGCUCCAAGCCCUUGACGACACCGACCCAACCAACAGAUGCGGUGCGGCCCCGGUCUGUGCCGAAACUUCUGCCCCCAGCAAGACACUUAGUGCUGGGCAUCUUUUAAACUCUUUGCUUCUAAGUGAGGAAGCAAAAUACAUUUCCAACCCACCUACAUCCCAACCAACACCCCCCAAAAGAUAAUGCAGGAAUAGGACCAUUUGGUGCUGUCCUUCUCCUCUCCUCCGUGUACGGAUGGAGUGAUGAGCUUGGAACACUUGACGAGCGAGAAGAAAAAGAGAGGAGGCUGAUAGAAAAGAGGGAGGAAGCAUCUACAGAAAUAUUGUGACUAAAAAAGAAAACUGUUCAUGAUUAUGGAGUAUAACAAGAAAAAAACGUGUGGUAGCUUUUGUCAUUUCCUUUUUUUUUUUAUUUGAUGUUAUGUUGACGAUGUUAUUAUCAUUUUUUGAGGAUCAAUAUUUCCAUGGUGGCGUUCUGUUUCAACGUACCUUUUCUAAGAAUGCUGUUUCUGUUUUUGUGUUGUAAUUUGUUUGAUUUACUCUGGUUGCUCACACCAUUCCAAAUGAGUUUUGGCAAAAAAAGAGAGAAAGAAAUGAAAGCGCAGUAUUGUCCCAACUUGUGACCCCGCCCCUCUCCCAUUUCUGUCCCAAGUGUAGCAGGCAAGAAAUUUGGAAAUAGCACUUAAAGUUUCCAUUAUCCAGACAGAUUAUUUAACAGCUGAAUAUUUUUGUGUUAAUUCUCUCUCAUUCACUUGUUUUUCGGUUGUGUAUUUAGUUGAGAAAUAUAAGUAAUGCUUAAAAAAAUAUAUAUUAUUACUGCAGUCAGAGAAUACCUCAUCCCACGAAGGCUCCGCCUGGAACUGUGUCCAAAUUGAUAAAGAAAUAAAGGGGAAUUCUUUCUGUGGGACAACAAAUGUGGCAACUCUGCUCGGCUUCAGACUCAAAGCUCUAUGGUUGUAAUUGUUACUGUGUAGAAGCUAUCUGCAAUUCACUGUGUGAGUUUGUGUUUAAGGAAUAGCACAUGAGAUUUUUUUUCCUUUUGUUUUCUGUGAGCAUCAAAGCAUUACUUUUCUCUACAGUGCCAUACCAAAUUUUAACAUUUAUUUGAAUCUGUUAUCUGCUUGUUCCCGUUUUUAUUUUUGUUACAGGUAACCAAAGAAAUAUGUAGAAAACCAAAAACCCUGUAGUUUAUUUUGCCCCUUUUUGAGUUUCCCCCCUUUUUUUCUUCUUCCUCUUAAAGAACUGGCCAAAAGACAACAAACCAGGAGUUUGAAUUUCCUAUUAUUGUAUUCACAUAAAUUAUACAUGACUUACAGUGCUGACCAUUCCAAAAACCAAAGUGUGUGAAGCAAACUAGACUUUGGAGACAUGAAAGCUUUUUACAUAAGUGUUUAUGAAUAACUCACAUUAGGUAUGAGGCCAAAAAAAACAAACUAGUAUUAAUAAACAUCCCGCAGUUCCUCGAAAAAAAAAGAGUAAAGAAAAUAGCACUUAGAUGUGAAACUCCCACUCUCAGGCUAAACUGUAUUCCAAACAAUCCAAGGAUUAGCCCGACUAGUGUGAGCAGACCUGAAUAUGAGGCACUCAUGAUGUGUUUGUGCACAUGUAACAAAUACAGAAGUUAAACACUUGGCUUAACAAGCUGUUUUUCUGGUGCUGUCAUAGCUUACAAAUUUUAGUUUGAAAAUCAGGAAACAAACAUGCUCUCUUAAUCUGUAUGUCAUGUUUACAGAAAGAGGAGGUUCUUUUAACAAAUCCAAAUAAAUAUUAGGGACAAACUAAAAACUAUACCAAUGUAAAAGGAAAAACAACCAAGGGACAUCAUGUGAUUCACAGUUGGGCUCAUAUUUUCAUACUUUUUGUCAAACUAACUCUUGCACUCUUAUUUAACUAACCAACCUUUCUGAUGACUUUGUGUUCAAACAGGACUGUUUCCUGUCACAUUAGAGACUGAUUUCUGAUAAAGUACAAAGUGGCAGACAGACAUCUUGAAACGAGAUAAAAAUAAAAACCAAAAAUAACACUACCUCCUUUUCGAAAAACAGUUCAACACAUAGCCAAUGGGAGACUGAACUCUCUUAGAAUAUGGUUUUUUUUUCCUCUCCAUUCUUCCUUGAUGAUAAUAAUGAAUGCCAAAAUUGCGUUGCGCUUACUGUAUGACUGACGAGAAAAAAAAAGCUAUUUGGUGAUCCGGACUCCCCAUCACAUCUGCUUGAGCCCAAAAACAUAGAGAUGUUUCACUUUCCAUGGAAUUUAAAAACGACUACCUCUCCUUUAAACCACAUCUAAAGCACUCUCUAUGUCUCAAAGUGUGUUGUGAAGCGAUCGCUACUUACAUAAAAGUUUUCUAUCAGCUGUGUGAACCUGACCGUGCUCCUGCACCUGAUUAGCACUGAGCUAUGUGAGCAGCCUCUGAACCGCGUGCUUCGACUGUAUGUGUGCAUAUUAAUGAUGGCAGCCAAUGAGAAGCCGCUCGUUAAUGGCAGCGUGGCGUUGCAGGGAGCUGGCUGUCAGGGGUAAUGAUGGGCAGAAUAUAUCAGACACACACACAGGGACACACACAGGAAGCAUAGACGCAGGGCUAUGGGUUAGUGCAAACAGAGGCUCUGACCAUCCAGAUAUCCAAAGACCCACAUCCACAGCAGUCACCCCCCCCACUCAUCACCAAAACACUCGCAGAGACGCUUAAUGAAACAUCACUACUAGUAGUAAUAUCCAAACCAAGAGGAACUGCUGCAUCCAGUACAUAGAUGAUCUCUGACUCGUGCUUUAAGGUACACCUGUAAACAAAGCUGUUUUAUAAAGAUGUAGAUUGUUCACAGGUCGCCAUGUAAGACUUCUGUUUUUUUUUCUCUCCAGCUUGGCAUAACAUGAUGUAUUCUUGUAUAUUAGUGCUUGACUUAUCCCUCCAGGGCAUUCUUUCUCAUUUUGUCCUUUCAUUUUCUCUUCUUUUUUUGGGGUUUGUUUGUUUUUUUUUCUCCUCUGCACCUGUUUAGCUAUUGUAAAGCUUUCAGCUCUGAUUCCUAUACUGUACUGCUAAUGCUGAAGUAUAUGUAUUUAUCAUAUUAAGUGCUGCAGAUAUCUUGGUUUUAAUAGGUUUUUUUGUUUCCAUUUUUUCAGUUCUUCAUAAAACGUCUGGGACGCUGAUUUUUUAAGUGUAUUAUCUCUAAAAAAAUUAAAAGAUAAAAGUUAGAUCAGUGGUUUAGGUAACACCUGUUUGUAUAUUUAUCUUAGCUAGGUCUAUUUUGAUACUUUUUUGUCUCUGUACUGCAUUUAUGCAUUUUUAAGGAAAGAAAAAAAACAAAUGGAAAACAAAACAAAAAAGUUACUUCAUUAUGUAUUGAUACCUCAGAAGGACUUUUUCUCUAAAGACAGGACCAAAACCUCCAAAAAGAAAAAGAGAAAGAGGAAAAAAAUGUAAGAAUAUGUAGCCCCUCUCUUGCUUUAAAAAAUGCAGAGCUCUAGAAAGGUAUUGCUGUUGGUCCUUUCAGGUGCCAAUAUAUGUCCCAGCUUCCUUGUGACCCCCUCCCUUUGACCCCUGACCCCUGUCAUUCCUGUGCUGAACUCUGACCCCGCAGAGCUGUCAAUCGUCUGCAGGUGAAAUGGGGCUGUUGCUGAGUCACACCGCACCCGGCUGCCGGUGACCAGGCGCAAACCGCAUCUCCCCGUCCCGCGAUUGCAGAUCCAAGACUGACACUGUUGCAGUUUUUUGAUACUCCUCCUCUUUGCGUAUAGUCUCAAUACCAAAAUGUGGAACGGCUCUCAGAGAUGCAGCUCAUCCUCUGACUACCAAAGGCAUUGCGAGCAAACAUUGCUUAGUCCAAACCCCUGAACUGUAACCAAACUGUAACCAAACCAAUGCCACAAACGUAACCAAACAAACGCUGAGCUACUUCCAAAACUCUCUGACUUCACUGAUCACCUUUACAGAUAGCUGUUAUCUCUCGUACAUCCACGUGUUGGUGUUGUAGGAUCCAGUCUGUGUCCGCUUGGGCUGGCGAGUGACUCAAAGGACGUGGGAAACCCAGAUCCUGAUGUGUGAUUGGACAGUUCUGAGGUGUCACAUGAGGGGGAAGGGACUCUCAAAGCGGAGCAUUGCCUGAUGGUAUUAUUAAGUAGACAGCCAGAAUCCAAUGGAACUACCACUUCAUUUCUCCUCUGGUUAAACCUUAGGAAUGUGUGUACAUUUUCAGCAGUGACUCUCUAUUGUUUCUUAGUUUCAGUUUACCUGCUUACCUCUCUUUAUCCUUUGUUUUUGUUUUUUUGUUCUGUUUCUUGUUAUUUGAAAGUGUGAGCCGAGGAGGAGGCGGGGACAGGGACUGGACCACGGCUUUAGACAGACAGUGGAGCCCAGCCCUCGGACCCUCCACCCCGGGUAGCCAUGUAAUGCCAGUCACUGCCCUUUCCUUCAUGCUGUAUAAAAACACACACAUAUAUCUGUGUAUUUGUAACCUGAAUCUUCUUGUGUCUGUCCAUGCAGACAAUAAAAAACUGUACAGUAGGUCUAGUUGCAUGUAAUCUGUACUAAUUAUUGACAAUGGCAUUAUAAAAUGCAAUAAAAUACUUAUUACACUGUC